AGGAGGAUCAUGAUAAACUCUACACAGGUCUCAUAUUUCACACUCAGUGCCUACACUGACACCAGGCUUUUUAGAUACUUAUAUUUCAUUAUCAUUAUGACUAUAUAUUGUUCAAUAAUCUGUUGUAAUAUUUUGCUCAUCGUGGUUAUCUGUAUGAACAGGAGCUUACAUGAACCUAUGUACAUGUUCCUGUGCAGUCUGUUUGUAAAUGAACUGUAUGGUAGUUCAGGGUUGUUUCCGUUCCUUCUGACUCAGAUUCUCUCUGACAUUCACACUGUUUCUGCUUCUCUUUGUUUCCUGCAGAUCUUCUGUGUGUAUACAUAUGCAAGUAUAGAAUUUAGUAAUUUAGCCAUCAUGUCUUAUGACAGAUAUCUUGCUAUCUGUUGUCCUCUACAGUAUAACACACGUAUGACAUCAAACAGGAUUGUCAUUCUUAUUGCUCUGACAUGGUUAUACCCAUUUCUUGCUAUUUUUAUUUUGAUAUCUUUAAGUGCCUCUUUACAGCUGUGUGGGAACACCAUUAACAAAGUGUACUGUGACAACUACUCUAUUGUCAAACUGGCCUGCUCUAACACAACAGUAAAUAACAUUUAUGGAAUAAUUUACACUGUUGCAUUCAUUGUUAUUGUUCUUGCAAUAUUUUACACAUAUAUAAAGAUUCUUAAAGUUUGUUUCUUUGGUUCUAAACAGACGAGACAGAAAGCUCUCAGUACCUGCACACCUCACCUCGCUUCUCUGAUCAACUUUUCUUGUGGGUGUUUCUUUGAAAUUGUACAAAACAGGUUUAAUAUGAAGCAUGUACCUCAUAUGUUACGCAUCUUUUUAUCAUUAUACUGGCUGACAUGUCAACCGCUCUUCAAUCCUGUACUCUAUGGACUGAAUAUAACCAAAAUCCGCAUUACCUGUAAAAAUAUUGUGUUUGGUAAGAUGUGA